AUGGCCCGCCAGUUCCUCCCCCCGCCCUCGGACGACUCCGACUCUGAUCCCUCCUCCUACAACCACACCCACCACCCCAGCUCCUCUGACGACGAAGACGACGUGUGCAUCGAUGAGACCGACGUCGUCGAGGUCCCCGCCAACGAGAUUCCCGGCUACUUCCUCGAGCGGGGGGGAAGGCUCUUCCAUUCUUAUGGUAACUGUCCGUAUCCGUUGCCCGUGGAUGCGGACGAGCAGCAGCGACAAAAAGGGCUCCACGAGCUCGUCCGCAGGCUCGUCGGCGGCCCCGUUGUCCAGCUGGUGCAUCAGCUCCUCGCCUUUGCCCCUGGCGAGCAGCCCCGCGUCCUCGACCUUGGCACCGGCACCGGCCAAUGGACGCUCGAUAUGGCCCAGCGCUUCCCGCACGCCCGCUUCUACGGCGUUGACAUAGUGCCAAUCGCGACCCGCUACCCGCCCGCGAACGUGAUGUUCGAGAUCCACGACAUCACCCAGCGCUCGCGCUACGCCACCGCGUCCAUCGACCUCGUCCACGCCCGCUCCGUCACCCUCGCCGUGCGCCACUACGACGCGCUCGUCGCCGAGGCCGCGCGCGUCCUCCGCCCCGGCGGCCUCUUCAUCUCCGCCGAGUGGGCGCGGUCCCCGACGCUCGCGGACGACGGCGACCUCGCCGCGCGCGCACCGCGCACGCACGCGUUCGUCGCCGCCGUGAACGAGGCGCUCCGCGCGCGCGGUCUGCACACGCUCGCGCACGCGAUCCCCGGCGUCCUCCAGGACUCGCGCCGGUUCGCGGACGUCGGCCGCGAGCACUGCACCGUCCCCGUCGGCGACUGGCACCCGGACCCGGCGCAGCGCGAGCUCGGGCGGCGGUACCGGGAGCUCGCGGCGGAGUACGCGCGCGGGAUGCGGGAGAUGCUCGCGCAGGGCCGGUUCGCGGCGCGCGUCGACGAACUCGUCCAGGGCUACAUCGAGGAGAUGUGGACGGUGGACGGGAUGGUCGCGACGCUCACGGUCGCGUACGCGCGCAGGAUGCCGUAG